AUGACUGCAUCUUUUUCUAGAGGGUUAAAAACUACUUCAAGUUCAAGGGACAGAAAGGAAUAAAAAAAGGUUGAUGAGAAUUAUACAAUUUAUGGAUUGUCAAAGAUAAAAACAGCGAGAAGUCCACUAUAAACAUAAAGAUAAACUCCAAAUCCAUAUGAAACUGAAUAAAAAUUAGAGCGAUCAAAUGAAGAGUGGUUUUAAUAGUCUCUGAUUUCAGAAGCACCUUAAGCAAAAGUGUUGUUUUUUAAUUAAAGAAAAAAAUCUUUCUUGUGGGAAGAUGCAAAAGUCAUAAAUUAUAAUCAGGAUACUUAAAAAUUUCUAGUAUAAAAAUAUCCCGAUGGAUCAACGAAAUCAGUUGAUAGACUAUCAAUCAAAUUUAUUAAUUAAGAUGAAGAUUUAUUCAGAGCAGCAACAGUAAGAAGUUAGAAUAUUAGAUAACAUCAAAAGGAAGAAAUGAAAAAACUUAGGGAGAUUUAUGCAAUAAGUGAUAAUGAAGUCAAUAAAGCCCCUUAAUCUUUAAUUAAUUCACUUUUUAGUAGAUUUUAAAAUACAAAAAAGUAGAAUCUAGUUGAAUCUCUACUUGAAGAGGUUAAUUAAAACUAUUUACUCUUUUAAAAAAAAUGCUCAUUUAUUGGAGACACUGUUAUUUAUAAAUAGAUUGCUAGAGUUGAACAGAGAUAUCAAUUUUUUCCUACUUUAUAAAGCAAUCUAGAGAAAGAAGCUGUUCUAAUAAGGAAGGAUGGUUAUAAAGCUAUGAAGUAAUUGCUUUUUAGAUUAAAUUAAAUCAAUAUUGAAAUAAUUCAUGAGAGGGAUUUUAAGUUUCCAAUAAUACUCAAUAAAUUUGAUGCUGUUCUUGAAAUGGAAGGAAAAGAGAUUAAGAAAGAGGUUAGAAGGGAAAAGUUCUAUAUUUAAUCAGAUCUGUAAGAUAUAUUAGGUCAAAAUUAUAAAUUUGUAGAAUCAAAUCGAAAACGCUAUUAUGAUUGUGGGUUGUCAAGAAUAUUAACUAGAGUUGAUCUGAUGUAUUAAUAAAUUAUAAAAGAAAAGGUUCUACAUUAGUUUAAUUACACUAAAGAAUUUUAUGAAAGUUUUAUACUAAAUUCUCAAUUUCACAAGCCUUUAAAAUAAAAGCCAUUGCUUUAAUUGCAUGUACAAUGUAUAGUGCAAGUGCCUGUAAAAAAAUCAAUGAGAAAAUUAAUAAAAGAUUCGAUAAAAGGAGAUGAGGAGAUAAUUUAUAUUGAGCCAAAUAUGUAAUCCAUCUUAACAGCCUUCAUGAAGCCAUUUGAUUAUCUUUAUCAAUUAAUAAUCGAAGGUUGUUGUAUUUAAAGUGAAAUCAUGACCCUAUUAUUAUUGGAGAAAAAGAAGAUAUCAACUGUGAUGGACUUUGGUUAACUAAACUCUAUAAAAGAAUAAACAAUUAAUUUGAUUUCAAAUGAGUAUAAAUCUUGUGAUGAUAUUGCUAAAUACUAUACUAAGUACUCUCGUUACCUAAAAGCUUUCCGCUCAAAAGAUUUAUACGACAUCUUUGGUCUGGAUCCAAAGGAAGCAGCCAUUCUAAGUUAGAUGAAUUUCUCAUCGAUAGAGAGUUACUUAUAUGAGUUAAAAGAGUCCAAAUUAGACAUACUUUAAUUCCAUUAAAAUUAGAAAAGAUUUGGUUUGUUUUCUUUGAAUAUCUAUGAGCUUAAACACACUCUGGUUGAACGAAUUAAUGAUUAACAGAUAUAGAUUUUUAAUAAAAUAUAAGAGAUUCUGAAACAUAACAUCUAAUAGAUUAAAUAAUAAUUUUAAGUAAUGAGGGAAAAGAGUCAAUAGAUUCCACAAACAGAAUAGGAACUGAUGGAAUUAAAAUUGUUCUUAGGUGAAAUUAAAGUAGAUUUUUCAAGAAUGCAAUUUGAAGUUCAAUUUGUGUAAAUAUCUUAUAAAUAUUUUUAUAGCGAAUAAUACAUAAAUUUAUUUGAAGAGUUUUAUAUACCUUUUGACUUUUAGUUAGUAAUCGAUUAUUAUGAAUUAAUCUAUUUACCAAAAGAUAUUUCUGACAUAAUUGAGGCUAAUAAAGCAGUUCUGAAAUAGCAAGAAGAUAUCUUUUUGAGAAGAUUACAUAAUGACAAAUAAGAAUUCAUUGCCAAGAUUUUGUAAAUGCAAACUACAUUUACAAAGAUUAAAUCUUAUUGUUAGUAUGAAAAGUUAAAGGAAAAUAUUAUUGAGAUUAAAAAGUUCUAAGAAUAAAUUGAGAAUUCCAAAGAAGUAAUAUCUGAAUUCAAUCUAAGAGAGCUUACAUUUCAAAUAGGUGUAACAGUUUACAGAGAAUUUGAAAAUUUACUCCAUGAGUUCUAACCUUAUUAUUAAUUUUGGGAUUUAGCAUAAAGAUUUGAUAUUUAAAAAGAGUAAUGGUUAUCUAUGUCAAUUAAAUAAUUAGAUCAUCUAGAUAUGUAACUAUUGAUGUAACAAUUCAAUAAUGAAGCUAUUUCAAUUUUUAAUUACUUUAGUGAUAUUCUAGAUGACAAUGCACAGAGUUUGGUAAGAAAUUUAAGAAGGUAAUUGGAUUAAUUCAAGGAUAACAUUUGGAUAGUUGAAUCACUGGCUAUUGAAGCAUAUAAAAGAAAACCCAUUUUCUGGAAAGAUCUUUUUAGAGAAUGUUAAUUUCCUUAGUUGGAAAAUAAAGAGGAAAUCACCAUAUCGAAUUUACUUAAAAAGGGUAUACUAAAUUAUAAAGAUGUUGUAUUGAAGUUGUCUUCUUAGGCUGAGAAGAGUUGGAGUGUUGAGAAGAGAUUAAAUGAGAUGUUCGAUAAAUUGUCAAUAAUAGAGUUGGAAUUAUAAGUGUAUAAGGAUACAUUUAUUUUUAAAAACUAUGAGGAUGUAAUGGCUUAAUUAGAUGAACAAUUAAAUGUUUUGAAUAUUCUUAAGGCUCAACCUCAUGCUAAGUUUGUUAUUAUCAAGGCUGCUUAAUUGGAAAAUAAAAUAUUACUCAUUCAAGACACCCUUGAUUAGGUUAUGAAAUGUUAGAAGCAUUGGAUUUACUUAGAUCCAAUAUUUGCAAGUGACGAUAUUAAAUUAAAGUUAAAAUAAGAGACUUUAGAUUUUAAGAAAAUAGAUCAGUCAUAUAAAAAUUAUAUGAUCAUUUUGAAUAAGAAUAAAUUGCUUUGGGACUAGAUUGAAAAUGACAAAAUGAAAUAAGACUUUGCAUACAAUGUAUAAAUGUUGGAUCAAAUAUAAAAAAGUUUAACAAAGUACUUAGAAUCCAAGAGAAUAUUAUUUCCUCGUUUUUAUUUUGUAUCCGAUGAGGAAUUAGUUGAAAUUUUAGCUUAAACUAAAAAUCCAUAGCAAGUAUAGAAACAUAUAUUCAAAUGUUUUGAAAAUAUAUCAGAAUUGAAAAUAGUAGAUAAUGAGGUCAUCACAGCAUUUUAUUCAAGUCAUCAAGAGAAGAUAUUAUUAGAUGAUGUAAUCAAUUUGAAAAAGGGAAAUAAGAUAGAAAAUGUAGAGAGUUGGCUAUCUGAAUUUCAAACAAGAAUGCAGAAAACAGUGAAGAAAUCUAGUUGCAAUGCUUUGAAAGAUUUGAAUUCGACUAAGUUGGAGAUUAUUAAUAAAUGGCCUGGUUAAAGUGUACUAUUAAGUAACCAAAUAAAAUGGACAAGGAACACAGAGGCUUCAAUUAGAUAACAAUAGAAAUUGAAUUUAAAAUUGUUACUUUAGUUACUAAACAAGGAAUUAUAGACAACAGUAGAUUUAGUGAGAAAUGAGACCAGAUUGAUUUAGAAAACAACUUUAGAAGCUAUGGUAAUUCAAGAAGUCCAUAAUAAAGAUGUUGCUUAGUUACUGUUAAACUAAUAGAUAGAGGUCAUCAACUCAUUUUUAUGGAUAUCUUAAUUAAGAUAUUAUUUUAAUGACGAGAAUUCAAUUUAGGUUAAAAUGGUUAAUUCAUCUUUUGAGUAUGGAUAUGAAUAUUUGGGAAAGAUCUAGAGAUUAGUCAUUACAGCAUUGACUGAUAGAUGUUAAAGGACAUUGAUGGAAGCAUAUAAAAUGAAUUAUGGAGGUGCUCCUGAAGGUCCAGCAGGAACAGGUAAAACUGAAACUGUAAAGGAUUUAGCAAAAGCAAUGGCAAGACCAUGCAUUGUUUUUAAUUGUUCAGAUGGAUUGAAUUAUAUAGCAAUGGGUAAAUUCUUUAAAGGAUUGGUGACAUCAGGAUCUUGGUGUUGUUUCGAUGAAUUUAAUAGAAUUGAUCCUGAAGUUCUAUCUGUUGUCGCAUAAUAGAUAUUUACAAUUCAGAAGGCAAUCAAACUAAGACAGGAAGCAUUUAUAUUUGAAGGGGAAGAAAUCAAUCUAGUACCUACUUGUGCAAUAAAUGUGACUAUGAAUCCUGGGUAUGCUGGGAGAUCAGAACUACCUGAUAAUCUGAAAAUACUGUUCAGACCAUGUGCUAUGAUGGUUGCUGAUUAUGAAAUGAUUGGAGAGAUAUGUUUAUAUAGUAUUGGAUUUGAAAGGGCUAGAGAAUUGAGUAAGUAAAUAGUUACAUGUUUGAAGUUGUGCAAUGAGCAAUUGUCAUCUCAGGAACAUUAUGAUUUCGGAAUGAGAACACUGAAGGCAGUAUUAAAUUCGAUUAAAAAUACUAGGAAUGGAACAGAACAAGAGAAGUGUCUAACUGCUUUGAUUAUUGUUAAUCAACCUAAAUUGGUGAAGAAUGAUAUUGAAUUAUUCAAAGCGAUCACUUAGGAUUCAUUCCCAAAUGUUUAAGAAUAGGAAAUGGAUAAAUUAACUAAUUUUAAAUAGUAAACUGAAAAUAUGAAAUUGAUAUACUAUGAAACUUUGGCAAUCAAAUGUGAAUAGAUACACAACAGUAUUGAAGUGAGAAAUGGAGUAAUGUUGGUUGGUCAAACAUUCUCUGGGAAAUCAACAUCCUUAUAGAUAUUGUCUCAUUUAUUGAAAGCUACAAUUUUAAAGUUAAAUCCAAAAGCCAUAAAUUCAGAUCAAUUAUAUGGUAAGUUGGAUCCAGAUACAAAGUAAUGGUCAGAUGGAGUAGCUCCAAUAUUGAUGAGAGAGAAUAUUCAAAGAGAGAAAUAUGUUUGGAUCGUUUUUGAUGGACCAGUGGAUUCUAUAUGGAUUGAGAAUCUUAAUACUGUUUUGGAUGACAAUAAAAAAUUAUGUUUAACAUCAGGAGAGAUUCUGAAAAUUCCAGAGAGAAUGUGUAUGAUUUUUGAAGUUGAGAAUCUGUCUGCUGCAUCUCCAGCCACUGUCUCGAGAUUGGGUAUGAUCUACUACAGUAUCUUUGAUUGGAGAUAUCUUAUAGAUAAUAUAAGAUUGCCUAAUCAUUUUGAUCACAAAUACUUCAUUAAAAGAAUCAAAUAUCUCAUAGAACAUUCAUUGGCAUGGAUGCAAAAAUAUGCAUAAUUCCCUGUUUAUGAUCAAUAAAACAUACUAGUCAGUUCAUUCUUGAAAUUGUUCUAGAAACUGAUGUCUUUGUUAGAUUAGAAUGAAAGUGAUACAUUUGUAUUUGAUAACACAAUAAUCUUUUCAAUUACUUGGUCAUUGGGAGCUGCAAUUAAUGAAUAAAAUAGAAAUCCCUUUAACACAUUCUUGCAUAAAUUACUAAAACAUUAGUCCACAGGUUUAGAUUUAGAAAUCAAUAGAAAAUUGUAAUUUCCAAUCAAUGAAAGAAUCGAUUAUUUUUUAUUUGGAUUUAUCAAUCAAAAAUGGGUUGAAUGGAUUGAUAUCUCUGAAUAAUUACAAAUAACUCUGAGCACUGAUUUUCAUCAGAUAGUUGUACCAACAAGUGAAUCAAAUAGAAAUGACUUCUUUUGUAAAUUGGGAUUGCACUUGUUGUAUUGUGGACCCACAGGCACUGGUAAAUCUUUGUCGAUGACAAAGUUUUCAUAAUUCUUAAUAGCAUGCAGUGGUUAAACAACUGGAAACAGUUUGCAGAGGUUGAUAGAAACCAAGAUCAAUAAAAGGAGAAGAAAAGGAUGUUAUGGAGCUGAAGAAGGACAGAUCACAAUAUUUGUGGAUGAAUUGAAUAUGCCUUUUAGAGAACCAUAAGGAUCAUAACCAGCUAUUGAAUUAUUAAGAUAAUGGAUGGAUCAAGGUGGUUGGUAUGAUUUGGAUAAUAAGGAAUUCAAAUACAUGUGUGACAUAACUUUCUUAUGUGCUAUGCAACCAGCAAGUGGUGGUCGAAAUUAAAUUACUAUGAGAUAUCUGCGACAUUUCAAUUUAUUAUAUAUUGGUGGAUUCGAUAAUGCCAGUGUCACCAAUAUAUUAUAAGUAUUUGUCGAUUGGAGGAAAUCAAAUCAUUUUAAACAACAAUUAGUUCAGAACUCAUUGAACUUGUAUUAGUAGAUAUAAGAGAGUUUAUUGCCAACUCCUUAGAAAUGUCAUUAUAUCUAUAAUUUAAGAGAUGUAUUCAGGAUUUUUGAGGGUAUGAGUAAGGCUUCGAAAUUGUAAAGUAAAUCUCAAUUGAUGAAACUCUGGGUUCAUGAAUGCACAAGAAUCUUUGGUGAUCGUUUGGUAGAUUUCAAUGAUAUCAAGAUAUUUUAGAAUAUCAUAAAGGACAUAGUUGUGGAGGAUAGAAUUAACUUAAAUAAUAUUCUGUGGAUUUAAGGGAAUAGUAAUUAACAUUAUGAUGAGGUUCUGAAUAUUUAAUAUUUGAAAUAGAGAGUGUAAGGAAUGCAUGAUGACUUCAAUGCUUAAAGAUUUCAAAGCAAGUUGUCAUUAAUUUUGUUUACGAAUGCUAUUAUGCAUAUAUUUAGAAUAACUAGAAUUCUACAAUAGACUUUUGGUCAUGCUUUAUUAAUUGGAAUAGGAGGAACUGGGAGAUCUUCCUUAGCCAAAUUAGCAACUUUUAUAGUAUUUAGAUCAGAACCAAUAAUAAUCGACCCUCGUUCUUGGAAUGAUGAGUUGUUGAAUACUCUAUUAUAGGUUGGAUUGGAUAAUUAGAAAGCAUCCAUAAUAUUCAAUGAUUCCUAAUUACAAUAAUCUUAUAUGUGGGAAGAUAUUUGUAGUUUAUUGAGUCAUGGCGAAGUCACUCAUCUAUUCACUCCAGAAGAGAGACUAAAGAUAUAAGAGGAGAUGCCAUUCUCAAAGUUCUUGUAGAUUUGUAAAUUUAAUGUUCAUGUCAUUUUAUGUAUGCAACCAGUUACAGAGUUAUACAGAAAGAGAUUAAGAACAUUUCCUACAAUCAUUAAUUGUACUACAAUAGAUUGGUUUAUGGAUUGGUCAAAUGAGGCUUUGGUGACUACAGCUGAAGAAUUUCUACCCAGCAAUUCUCUUGUCAAUGUGGCUGUUAACAUUCAUUGCAAAGUAUUAUAGAUUACUCAAAAAUAUAAUUCUGAACAAAGAAGACAAUUUUAUGUUACACCAACAUAAUAUUUAUAGAUGUUGCAAACUUUUAAACGACUUCAAAGAGAAAUAAGUGAAUAAUCAUUGGCAUUAAUAGAUAGAUUUGAAUCUGGUAUUGAAAAGAUCAUUAAGACUCAAAAGGAAGUCGACAAAAUCAAAUUGCAAUUAUUUGAAUUAUAACCACAAUUAGAGUAGGCAACCAUCGAAAAUUAAAAGUUAUUAUAACAGAUUAAAUUAAAAAAAGAGGAAGCAGACUAAAAAAGAAAAUUGUGUGAAUAAGACGAAAUGAUAUGUUAGAAACAUAGAGAUUAAGCAACUGAAUUGAAGAAUAUAUGUAUAACUGAAUUGAAUAAAGUGCUACCCCUUUUGGGUUAGGCUACUGAAGCAUUAGAUAAAAUUACAAAAGAAGACAUGAUCUAAUUGAAAUCUUUCACUAACCCUCCUUUAUCAGCUGCUGUUGUUAUGGAAGGUCUAUGUUAUACAUUUUAAGAAGAUGAAAAAGUGAAAUCCAAAAACAAAGAACUACCUGUCAUGUAAGAUUAUUGGGAUUAUGCCAAAAAGUAUUUAUUAAAUGAUAAGCUCAUAAAGAGAGUCAAAAAAAUGAAACUAGAAGAAAUAAGAUCUAUUAAACUAAUGAAUAUACAGAAACUCUAGGUUUUUGUUCUUAAUCCUCUUUUUGAAAAGGAGAAGGUAUUUAAUGCAUCAAAGGCAGCUGGUAAUUUGGCAUAAUGGAUAAGAGCUGUCUUAGAAACAUACUAAGCUGUUGAAAUCAUAGAACCAAAAAAGGCACAAUUACUUGAAGCUGAAAAAAAACUUAAAGAAGCUGAAGCUGAUGUUUAAGUCAAACGAGCCAUCUUAGAAUAGUAGUUGAAUGAACUUAAGCAAUUUGAAAAGGAAUUCGAAAGAGCCAAUUAAGAAAAGCAAAUAAUUUAAGCCGAAGUUGAGACUAUUUAAAAACAACUUAAUAAAGCUGAAAAACUAUUAUUCGGUUUAUAAGAUGAAGCUUAAAGAUGGAAGAAAAAAGGAUAAAAGAUAAAAAAUGAAUAGAUUGCAAUCGAAGGAGACUGUAUUUUAAGUGCUUCAAUAAUUGCAUAUUUGGGAGUAUUUCCUAUUUAGUAUAGAGAUGUCUGUCAAAAUUACUGGAAAAAUCUAUUGAAAUAAAAUAAUGUCAAAUUCUCAAGUGAUUAUGCCAUCUCGAAAUAAUUAUGUAAUCCAAUUAUAAUCAACAAUUGGAUUACAUAAUAAUUACCAAAUGAUUAGCUAAGUAUUGAGAAUGCAAUCAUACUUAAAGAGUCUACAAAAUGGCCAUUAAUGAUUGAUCCACAACUCUAAGCCAAUUAAUGGAUUAAAAAUAUGGAAGAUAGCAAAUACUUGCUUAUCUUAAAUGCCAAUUAGCCAACCUAAUAAAUUCAAUUGCAAUUAGAACAUGGAAUAUAAAUUGGUUAUGCAGUUCUAUUAGAAAAUGUUGGUCAAACUUUGGAUCCAUUAUUUGAAUCAUUGUUGUAAUAAAAUGCGAAAUCUAGAUCAAAGAGAGCAACUAUGAAAUUAGGAGAUAAAAUAAUUGAUAUAUCUUCUGAUUUCAGAUUUUAUAUGACAACCAAAUUAAGUAAUCCUCAUUUUCAACCAUAAGUUUGUGUUAUGGUUAAUAUGCUUAUCUUUUAAGUUACUCAGGAUGGAUUAGUUGACUAAUUGUUAAAUAUAGUUGUCAAGAUUGAUGAACCUCAGAAGGAAGAACAAAGAUUGAAGAACAUCCAAUAAUAUUUUUAGAAUAAGGACAAAUUGAUGUAGACAGAGACAUUGAUAUUGAAAUUGCUUUCAGAAUCCACAGGAGAUCUAUUAGAAAAUGAAGACUUAAUUUAAACACUCUCAAAAUCAAAGGAUGAAAGUAUAGCAAUUGAAGAGAAGUUAAAAAGCUUAGAGUAUGAUAGAAUAAACUUUAUGCAAAUCAGAUAAUUCUAUUAAUAAGCAGCUGAGAAAGUCGCCAAUCUUUACUUCAUAUUAAAUGAUUUGGCUGUCAUAGAACACACAUAUAUUUGGUCCUUAGAGUUUUAUUUCUUUCUUUACACUAGAUCUAUAAGAGAAUCUUAAAAUGAAAAGUUAAAACGAAAUUAGAAUAUCAUAGAAAAGUUUUUAUAAAUUUUAUACACUUAAAUUAAUAGAUCACUUCUAGAGAAAGAUAAACUCAUAUUUCGAUUUCUAUUAUAUGUAAAGACUAUGAAUAUUCCUUCUGAAUUAAUUAGAGCUACUGUUAUGGGUUGCACCUUAACAUCCUCAGAUGUGUAAAUGCCCAAAGGAUUCUCAUGGUUGACAAAUAAGAUGUGGUUGGAAUUAGUGGAUUUAUCAUAAUCCUUUCCUAACAUAUUUGGCAGUAUAUGCUAAGAUUUUAUAUCGUAAAAGUAAUUCUGGGAUAGCUUUUAUAACAGUUCUAAUUGUUAUUAAUUAUCAUUGAGAGGUUUAGAUUAAUUUCAAAUGAAUAUGUUGGUUAAGAUUAUCAAACCUGAAUAAUUUAUAUCUGCAACCAAUGAGAUGAUCAAAUAAUAAAUGGGUAAUCUCUUUCUAGAAAAUAUUCCAACGACGUUUGAGUAGUUCUACUUUGAAUCUGAUUGCAAAAUCCCUCUAUUGUGUAUCAUAACUCCCGGAGCAGAUCCGAGAUAAGAGAUCAUAAAAUUGGCUACCAAAUAUGAUUUUAAUGAUCGAUUUAAUCAGAUUUCACUAGGAUAAGGAUAAAACUAAUUAGCUAUCAAAAUGAUUCUGAGUGCCAUGCAAUAAGGCACUUGGGUUCUAUUAUAGAAUUGCCAUCUUGCUGCUUCAUUUAUGCCUGAACUUGAAAACUUAUUUGAAGUGCAAUACAAAAAAGAGAUGAAUUCUGAUUUUCGACUGUGGUUGACAUCUCAACCAACAUCAAUAUUACCACAUAAUGUGAUAUUAAGAUCUCUCAAAAUAACUUAUGAAUUACCUCGGGGUCUCAAAAAUAACAUGUUAAGAUCAUAUUAGCAAUAGGAGUCUGACAAAUUUGAGUAAUCCAAAAAAAUAAAGGAAUGGAAAAAUCUAUUCUUUUCAUUAGCAUUAUUACAUGCAUGCUUAUUAGAAAGAAAGAAGUAUGGUCCUUUGGGUUGGAAUAUUGGAUACAAUUUCUCAUAACAUGAUUUUGAAAUUUCAAAGGAAUAAAUCCAUUACUUUCUAGAGACCUAUUAAGAUAUUCCAUGGGAUGCUCUAAAUUAUUUAAUUGCUGAAAAUAAUUAUGGUGGUAGAGUGACAGAUCCAAUGGACAGAAAGCUUCUUAAAAUUUAUGUUAACGAUUUCAUCAAUUCCAAAACCAUUCAAUAAGAUUAUCAAUUUUAUGAUAUUUAUUAGAUUCCUCAAUAAAUGAAACUAAAAGCUUAUAUGGAAUACAUAUCACAAUUGCCAAUCAACGAUCCACCUUAAUUAUUUGGUCUUCAUUAUAAUGCUGAAAUCUACUCGUCAAUCUUAGAGACUGAAAAUCUUAGUUAAGUAGUUUUGCAAUUACUCCCCAGAACUUAAAGUGAUUCAAAUCAGACACAUCCUGAUCAGAUUGUGUAUAAUAAAAGCAACGAAAUCUUGAAGAAUUUGCCUUAAUAACUAGAUAGUCAAUUGGCAAAACAAAAAUUUUAACAAAUUUUGGAAAAUCCUUUAAAUGCAAUAAUUCAUUAAGAAAUCACAAAGUACAACAAAUUACUAGCAAAAAUAUCAGAAUCUCUUAGUAUUCUAAUAUAAGGUUUGGAUGGUCUCAUUAAUAUCUCUGAUUAAUCAAUAGAAAUAUAUAAUGCGAUUUUUGAUAAUCGAAUUCCAGAACAAUGGCUAACCUUUUCUUACUUAACUACGAAAUCUUUAGGAUCCUGGUUUAGUGAUCUAAUAAAAAGAACUGAAUUCAUUUAAAAGUGGAUAAAUUAAGGUCAACCUAAGGUUUUUUGGUUGGGAGGUCUUUUCUUUAUUUAAGGAUUCUUAACUGCUGUUUUGUAGACAUAUUCGAGAAAAUCAAAAAUUCCUAUUGAUUAAUUAAAAUUUGAGUUCAACUUUUUUUCUUAAGAGCCAUAGACCAUAACAAGAGGUGUUUGCGUCAAUGGGAUAUCAAUAGAUGGAGCUCAAUUUGACCUUUAAGAGUAAACACUCGUAGAACCUUAAAAUAAUAUCCUGUUCUAUCCAUGUCCGAUAAUCAAUUUUUGUCCUACUCAAUAGAGAAAAAUAAUCAAAAAUUAUUCUUGUCCCCUCUACAAUACAACAUAGAGAAAAGGAAUACUUACUUCAAAUGGAAUAUCAGUUAAUUUCAUUUGCAAAAUAAAAAUACCUAUUAAUAACAAUAAAAAUCAUUGGUCAAAAAGAGGAGUAGCAUUUAUUGUUUAAGCAAAUUGA